UAAGGCUUUGUAUGAAGAGAAAAGCGCCACAUAGAAGUAAGCGAAGGAGAGUGCUCUAUUUGCAUCAGCCAUCUUCAAAUGACUUGCUCCAUAGCAAUACUAAAUUCCAUUCCAAGUCCUUAUUGUAAAUGUUCUCCGCGGAGUUUAUUUAACUGGGAUUUUGGUAAUAAUAAAAAGACUGAUGAUAAGCCACAAGUUAGAUACCAUGAUCUUGAUCUUCCUUUCCCUCCUUCCCUAGUCGGCAAAACAUUCUUGAAAGGAAGGAAACUGAAGUGCUGCUAUAAGGCCUCGGUGGAUGGAUUUAGUGCAACUGACUUUCACAACAACAGUGAUUUCAAAGGACCAUGUGUGAUUAUUGGCUAUACAACAAAGGACUUUAAGUUUGGAGCAUUUAAUCCAGAAGGCUACAGAAGUACAGAUGAUUACUAUGACACUUUUGAUGCAUUUCUCUUUUACUGGGCUGAAGAUGAACAACAACCAAUAAUCUUGCCUAAAGUAGGGGGAAGUGGUGCUGCUCUAUUUGAUUAUGCUAGAGGAGGGCCACAAUUUGGUGCUGAUGGAUUGUUAAUUGGACCUCCGUUGGCUCCUGUUAUGGGUGGAUUUGCAGGUCCUGAUACUAAUUCUGGGAUUGGUGAUUUAAGGCAAGCUAAGUCAAGAUUGGGACUUUCUUAUGCUAAAAGGCCAGAUGGUAAAGAGUCAUUGUUUGGUGAUGAGUCCAAGGCUGAACUUGAUGAAGUUCUUGUAUUUUGCAGUCCUCAAAUUGCUAGCUUAUAUUGACUCAAUUUUGGCAAAAAUGGAUGCCAUUGCCUCAGGGAAAGUAAGUCUCUAUGAUCUUGAGGUAACUAAAGAAAAUGUGUAUUGUUAUACUAGGUUUUAAAAUGUAUCAGUAUAAAUUUCACAUAUUGUGUAUAGAAAUGGGCUGCAACAGAUUUUCCAUUUCCUGUAACUAAUGAUAUUGCCAGCUCAUGCCAUCAUUUUUCAAUAAGCCAAAGUGGAGCAUAAGUUUAAAGUACAGGCCAAGAGGAGUACAUAAAAGGAAAAGCAUACAUAAGUCCAUAAAGGAUAUCUGGUUUUAUUGUAGGAUUAUUUGCUAAGUGAUAAAGGGGCCACACACUUCUUUGAUUCCUCUCUAGCUAGCUAACCUAUGGUCUUAUUGCUGAACUAAUAGUGAGUAGGAAAGAGCAAUGUUUGAUCAGCUGGUGUGCUUAUCUUUCUUUCCCUUUUUGAGUUAAUGGCUUCUGAGCUUUUGGUUA